GCGGCGGGACUUUUCCAAUCAGCCAAAGUCAGCGGAAAGUAGCGGUGUGUGAGUGAGUGUGUGUGUGUGUGUGUGUGUGAGAGAGAGAGAGAGUGUACCGUUAUACCUGGCUCUCUCCGCCUAGCGGCACCGCGCACCCUGGACCGUUAUACGCUCCCAGCCCAUGCGCUCACUGCUCCCUGUUUACUUUCCUCCUUUACUCUUUACUUUUCCUCACACUUCCUACACAAUUUACUCUUCUCCUCAUCAAUCCGAGGACCGCAGUUCUGUUUUUAUUUUCCUUAUCAUCGACUGUUUUCCUUCAAACUUACUUUCUCGCAGAAUGUACCUGUUUAUACUCGAAUCUCCGCUCCGUUUCAAAACAACCUGUUUGUUUGUUUAUUUGUUUAUCUUUAAGAUGGCUUCGAAGUGUUUUGACGAAGCGUGUGUGUGUGUGUGUGUUUUUCGUGAAGUUUGUCGCGUUUUCGUGUGGGUAUAAACUUAUCCUCGGUACAAUGGGCUGUUCCGCUGUUGGCUGUGUACUGCGUGGUAGCAGGUAGCCAGUGUGCUAGCCCACUUUAUACCUUAAUAUACAGCCUUCCAGUAUCAAAACAAACACGGCCACUAACACACUCCUGGAGCACACUGGGGGAUUUCUGACCUCGACAUAUUGGUAAAAAGGUGUGAGCUUUCGGUUGAGUAAACCGUUAGUCAGAUAACGGGAAACACGCGUCGCUGUUUGGCUGAAGAAGAAGAAGAAGAAGAAGAAAAAGAAGAAGAAGAAACGGAAAGUCCUAAAGUCCUCAUUUUGUUGUUGUGUGGUUUUCUAAAAAAAAAAAAAACUUUGCGGGAAGUUGUCUAAGAACAAUAAGGGCGUGUCUAAGCAUACACUGGCCAUGAAGCAUCUUUUCAGCACCGUUAGCGUGUGUGUGUGUGUGUGAGUGUGUGUGUCAGGCGGUGGGUGAAGGAACCUGUUUGUAGGCUGUAGCCACAUUUCUGUCUCUGGGUGGCAACUCGAAGGAGAAAAGGAAAGGAAUCUGCGCGGCUACAACAACUGCAGCUCAGCCUAUAUAAGGAAUGCGGCGUGUGUAUGCUGUUAUAUACAUACAGUACAGACCAGACCAGUACAGACCAGACCAGUACAGACCAGCGAGUCUGAUCAAUCUCUCUCGGACUGGCUGCAGGACAGGAGUUCACACUGGGACUGGACCACUUCAUGAGAAUGAACUUGUGCACGCGCUCGAGCAUCAUCGGAGUUUUGUUUUUCAGCAUAUAUCUGCUUAUUAUCUGCUUAUUAUUGUUCUUUAAAGCUAAUAACGAGUUACUUCCGACUUGUACUGUAUUUAUGGGAUUCCUGAGCUGUAUCCAUGCGUCUUUAUGUCGUUGUGUGUGUGUGUGUGUGUGUGUGUGUGUGUGUUUGAGAUCCUACAUGAGUCGCUUGACUUAUUUCUAAGCUCUAUUCCGGACUUGUCUGUUAUGCUGCUGAAAACAUGUCGCUCCUGCUUUAAUUAGUCAAUGUGACUAGACUUUAUGUUCCAGAUAUAAAGAGUAAAGUGCUACUAUAGGGUUGUUGUCGUUUUGUCGAUUUCUCGUGUUUAUGAGCCACUUGAGAAAUAACGGUGUGUUUAGGUUCCGUUUCCGCCAUGCGCUCCCUGGCGGUGCUCUCAGCACGCAGCUUUGCUUUCGACUGAUCGGAGGCAUAAAACAUCGCUCAGGGUUUAUGAAUGGGGAGAAAUCUCGAGCCUGUGUGUUUUUCAGUGCUGUGCAGCUGAUUUGUGAACGCUGACACAGACGCGGACUCAGACGACACCGUUUGCAUCCGUUUUGAAAGGUGUUGGGAGGCAAAGGCGUUGCACCAAAUGUCAACUUGUGCAGUGAGUAACUACAGCAAUGUACUGGAAGGCCAGUCAGACUCUGAUGAUGAAGAUAAGCUCCAUAUCGUGGAGGAAGAUGCAACCCCCAUGGAUGGAGCUGACGGUGAGAGUGUUGCCCAUGAUGAUGACGCCAACGGCCCUGACGACCGAUGGGAUGAAGUGAAAGAAGAAUGUGUGUCAGAGGAGGAUGAGAGAAGUAGGGAUGCUCUUGUUGAGGAAAUGCUUCAGCAGGGAGACACUGCCGUCAUCUUCCCAGAGGCACCAGAAGAUGAACCACGCCAAGGAACACCGGAGACCAGCGGCCAUGAUGAGAAUGGCACACCAGACGCGUUUUCUCAGCUCCUCACCUGUCCCUACUGCUCCCGCGGCUACAAGCGCUACACGUCUCUGAAGGAGCACAUAAAGUAUAGACACGAGAAGAGCGAGGACAACUUCAGCUGCUCACUUUGCAGCUACACUUUCUCCCACCGUACACAGCUCGACCGACACAUGAGCGCACACAAAGCAGGCAGAGACCAGCGGCAUGUAACCCAAACAGGGGGUGGAGGAAACCGUAAGUUUAAGUGCACUGAAUGUGGCAAAGCUUUCAAGUACAAACACCACCUGAAAGAACACCUGCGUAUCCACAGUGGAGAGAAGCCAUACGAGUGCCCCAACUGUAAAAAGCGUUUCUCUCACUCCGGCUCCUACAGUUCCCAUAUCAGCAGCAAGAAAUGCAUUGGCCUCAUUUCCGUCAAUGGCCGACCUCGACCCUCGCCAACCACAGGAGGCACCAAAACCCCUCAGUGUCCUUCACCAUCCCUGCCCUCCUCCCCUGCCACUGCCCGGACUCAGAUCCGGGACAAACUGGACCAUAGUAAACCCCUGCAGGAGCAGCUCCCUAUCACACAGAUUAAGUCUGAGCCAUUGGACUAUGAGUACAAGCCUGUGGUAGUUGCCCCAGCUGCCCCUGGAGGAGUAAAUGGGGUUUUCCAAGGAGGGGCAGCAGCACCCCUACAGGGAGCAGUUCAGGCUGUGGUCCUCCCCACUGUAGGACUGGUCUCCCCAAUCAGCAUUAAUCUAGGGGACUUGCAGAACAUGCUGAAGGUGGCAGUGGAUGGGAAUGUGAUCAGGCAGGUGUUGGAGAAUGCCCAGGCCAAAGGCCAGCCUGCAAACACUGGCAGAGUGGCUAUUGCACAGGCUCCUCAGCAAGUCAUCCAAGCCAUCAGUCUUCCCAUUGUUGACCAGGAUGGUACCACCAAGAUCAUAAUCAACUACAGCCUUGACCCCUCGCAGGCUCAGGCAGCUCUGCAGAACUUGAAGAAAGAGCCGGUGGGCCAGAAUACAGACUCCUGCAAGGCUGAACGACUACCUGAGGACCUGACGGUUAAAAGCAAGACAACCAGGGACAAAACCACCAUCACUGUGGAUGAAGAGUGGCAGCAAGAGAAGGGCAAACUCUACAAUCACACAACAGACAAACACUGUGUCAAGGAGGAACAGGAGGUUAAUGGAACACACUUGGAGGAGAAGUCUGAAGAUGCUGACGGACUGUGUCCUGGGCAGCCCCCAUUGAAGAACCUUAUGUCCUUGCUUAAGGCUUACUUUGCCUUAAACGCAGAACCCACCAAGGAAGCGCUGGCAAAGAUAUCAGAGUCAGUCAAUCUCCCUACCGAUAUUGUCAGGAAGUGGUUUGAGAAGAUGCAGAAUGGGCAGAUUCCAAUGGAGAUCUCCACAGCCACACCCCAGAAAGAACAGUCUAAUGGAAUAGACAUUAAUGGCACUCCAGAGGAAACCCAAAAGUCGGUGUCAGAGCAGGACAGCAAAAGGAACCAAGAGGAGGAAGAGGAGAUGGAGCUUCGUAGCCCAGCAGAGGGCACUACAGCUGGGAUAAGUGGAGCAGAAAAUGGCCCCACAUCCCCUUUACCACUAAAUCUAUCUGCAGAUGGGCCUGUGCCAGCCCAGACAGCAGAGGAAGGAGAGGGACCUCUUGAUUUGUCUCUCCCAAAAUCUGUAGCAGCAGCAAAUACAACCAGCGCUCACUCUGUUUACUCAGCUCAGGACGAGCCUCUAAACUUGGUUUGCACAAAGAAGGAAGUGCUCAGCAAUGCAAGCACCAGCACUGCCAUCUAUGCCAGCCAAACAAGUGCCAAUCCCCUGAACAUUGUGACCACUCAACUGCCCACCCUGGUGGCUAUCACCAAGCAAGGCCCUGGGCAGUGUCUGCGUACCCUCACCACCACUAAACAGACCAUCUUAAUCCCACAGCUAGCCUACACCUACACCACUACAGCCUCCAGCCCAGCAGGGGGUGACACACCACAGAAGGCCAUACUGCAAGUCAACGGUGUUAAGGAGGAGAAACAGGAGGCUGGUUCAGAGGCAGCCUCUGUGCUGGAGGAGCAAACAGACUCAGACUCCGGGCCGGUGAGGAAGAAGAUGAAGAAGACUGACAAUGGCUUAUAUGCCUGUGACCUGUGUGACAAAAUCUUCCAGAAGAGCAGCUCGCUGCUUCGGCAUAAAUACGAACACACAGGUAAACGUCCUCAUGAAUGCGGGAUCUGCAGCAAAGCUUUCAAACACAAGCACCACCUGAUCGAGCACCUGCGUCUGCACUCGGGAGAAAAGCCGUACCAGUGUGACAAGUGUGGCAAGCGCUUCUCUCACUCCGGCUCCUACUCGCAGCACAUGAACCACCGCUACUCAUACUGUAAGAAGGAGGCACACGGCCAGAACCUUGUGCAGAGGGACGAAGAGGAGGAGAACCCCAACGAAGAGCAGGCUGGAGCAGCAAGCACCACCGCCUCGCCCCCGUCUCAGGUGGACUCGGAUGAACGAGGAAGCAGUGCCAGAGAGGACGAGGAGAGCGAGGAGGAAGACGUGAUGGGCUCGGGGAGCAUGGUGGACGAGGACGAAAUUCAGGUGGUGAGGAUCGGCGAGGAAGGAGGAGAGGAUGAGGAAGACACCGGAGAGCAGUACAGGAUGGAGGAGAUGGACACAGGAAAUGAGGAGGCGGUUAGGGAGAAUGGAGGACAUGAGGAGGAUACAGUGGAAAGUCAAGAAGAGGGAGAAGAAGAUGGAGAGAUGAUGAAAGUCGUUGUGAUGCAGGAUGAUGAGGGAGAUGAAGAAGAGCAGACGGAAAUCACAGAAGCGAUGGACAUGCAGGAAAACAUAGGAGAGGAAAAAGCCGAGGAUGAAGGAGAAAAUGUGAAUGAGGAGGGUGGAAAUGAAGGAACCACACCCAGUGAAAAUGGAGAUGUGAAAUGAAGAGAAAUCACAUCAGGGCUUUUCUCGCUCUUAUACUUUGCUACUUACUUUUACAAAAACUUUACUAAUUUGAACAAAGACUGCAGAUGUGGCUGCUUCCAGAGGAUUGCAGGAAAUGGUGAAAGAAGGAAGGAAGGAAGAGCGCGAGAGUGCAAGAGCUCUAUCGUUGCAUUUUAUCCCACUACUGUGUAUAAAACCCCUUGUGUGCCUGAUGAUAAAACAAACUAGUGUUUUUUUUCCCACAUAAGGACAUUUUUCAGUGUUUAUGGUUUGUAUAAAUACAAAGUUUAAUGGAAAAAAAAAUGACAUAUACAGACUGAAAGCUAGACACGUUUUAGCUAAUAACGUUUUAUUACUAAAACACCUUGGGUUUCUUUUUAUCAGUGUUACUAAUUUUUUUUGUCACUCUUGUUUAAACCUUUUAAAAAAAAAGCUGUACAGUUGGGAGAGAUUUCUAUACAUUUUUAUUGCCAAUGAACAAAACUCAGUAUUUUAUUGCAUAUGAAGGAAAAAAAAAAAAGAUCCUGUGCACUACCAUUCUCCCAGUUUACGGAUGAACACCUCUGUGGGCCUUGUUUAAUGUCUACCUUUCAGUAUUAAUACUCUCAAGCUAACCCUUGUGUCACGCUAGUCUACGCUAGCUCAACAUCUGUCUGUCUAUUUUGUUUGGAAGUGGUCUGUGAGCCUUAAACAUAAGAAAAAAAUUGGGGGUGGUACACAAUCCUAGAUCCAAAAAAAAAAAAAAAAAAAGAAAAACAACAUUGAGAUUUAAAGAAAUGUGAGUAGUUACAUGUGUCUAAUUUGCCCCUCGCUGUCCCCAGACCCUCCCUUAUGCAAAAGCAUAAGUUAAGCAUGUGUUAAGUGCCAUUGCACAGAGCUGGUGCACUUCUUUCACAGUCUUCUUCAACAGCAUGUUCCCAGUGUGGUAGCAAACCUGUGACCCCUGACCCUGAACCACUAGUCCUAACCCAAGGACUGUUCCUGCCUCUUAAAAGGAACAAAUGAAUUUUUACAAACGGUCAGGAAUCAAAGAACAAAACGUUUCCAGCUCUGAAGUGUUUCUGUGUCCCCUGUUUAACGCACUUCUUCAUCUCAUUAACUGCGCGUUCACUUUUACUUCAGGUAUUAAAUAUGAACUCACCAUUACCUUUCACCUCUAAUUUUUUUUUUCCUACUUGCAUAACAGUCAGUAUUAAGUUUGUGUUCUGUUUGUUUCUCAGUGAACAUUGUGUAAUGUUUGUUUGCAGUCAUGGCAGUAUUAUUUCCUCACCCUCUUCAUCAGUAUAAGUUUAGUUUUAGAGACCUUUUAUAUUUAUGUCUUAUUUUUUUAUAUUUUUUUUCCUUUAUGGUUAUUUAUUACACAAUGUAGUGUACAAUAUUGUAGUUUGUAUUAAUACAAUAAUAUAUUUUAGUAUGAAGAAUAAUUUCGAAGAAUGAAUGAAUACAAAGCUAGGGAGAGCUCUCUGGCAUUUCGAAGUGUUUUAAAAACAGAAAGAGUAUUAUUUUCACAUUUUCAAUUCUUUGAUUGCUUUUUUUUUUUUUUUAAACAGACACCCAGUAUUUGAAAUAUUGGAGAUUUCUCUUCUCACAUUGCCCAUCAUUGUGUUACUUUCCCCACUAGACUUGGAAGCUACUGAACAUUGAUAAUUUAAUUGUAUGCUACACGUGCAGACGUCCUUAACCACAAAACUGUGCUACUCUUUUACAAAGCCAAAAUGUUGUCAAUGAGGAAGUUUUUUAUGUUUUAUUUGUGCCAAUGUGUUAACAGCAUGGCCACAACUUGUUUUAUAUGUCCCUGUUUUAAUCUGUGGUUAUAUAUUUUUUAUAGAUAGGAUUUCUUUUUUCUUUGUUUGGUUGGUUUGUUUUUUAAAGACUCCCCGUCUCACAAUAAAAUAAAAUCAAGAAUUCA